AUGUCCAUCCUCUGUUGCUGUCGCAGCCGUCGAGUCAUCUGCCCGGAACCGAGUCGAGAGGUUCUUGAACUUCCCACACCGCCCCCGCGAGCGAAGCUAUCCAAAAGCCCCUUUCCUCGCUCUGUUCCCGACAUGUCAUUGUCACCAGUCCUUUCCAAACAAGCACCAUCAUUGUUUACCACCUCAAUGCAUCAGGCUCAGGUCAAUCCUGCCGAUAUCGACGCCGACGACUCGGACGAAGAUAUCCCGAUAAGAAAUACGAAAAACUCCAGCACCAAUACCCUAGAGGCAAUCAAAACCAAACUCAUUCGACGCCUCUCCCAAAAAUCUGAGCCAAAAGGGCACUCGCCACAAACCCUUGGCAAUAACGAUGAUGAGCUCGCACGACGUGCCGAAUUGAAGCGUCUGAUGCACAAGAGGAUACAAGAGGAGCUCAAGAGCGAGGAAGAAGAGGGAGUCAAGCCGACUUGCCUGGAACCGCCCAGACGUGAUAGCUGCAAAGAGCCCGAUCUCCCCGGAGGUGGACCAAGAGACACCAUCGAAUUUUCCGUUUCAAGUCCAGUCGAGGACGAACCCCGAGAACAAUCCCGCUCCUCACAGGAAGCUAUACCCCUUGCGUUCCCCGUCGCCCGUCAACGGGCGGUUUCCGGCCGGCGAAACAGCUGUCCAGAUUCAACAUACCGAUCACGCCAAAAUCUGAGUCUUGACGGCAACCUGCCGCUGAGAGAAAGAGGAUCCUUGCCCCAACUACCGUCAUCUCCUCUGUUGCUCCCUGUCCACUUCCCAAAUGGUCGCGGAUCGCCCUCAAUACAGUCCUGGCGCCUAGAUUCAUACAGUUCUGGGCAGCUGGCCAACUUCUUGGGUGUUCCCGAAGACACGAAACAGACCAUCUCUUCUCAGCCGCCCGAGAUCAGCAUUCAGGCGGAGGUAGAUCAAAGGUAUGACGAUGAGGAGCACAAGAGUCCGCCAAAGAAAGACGAUCACCCGAGCGUAAAUGACCCAGCUGAGAGCGAAUGCCCAGCUGAGGACUCGUUGGAACCAAUGACUCCCAAGGGGUCAAAUGAGUGUCCGAUUGACGUGCUUGACAAUAAUCGCGAGGAAGAGGAGUCUAUCGCCAACAACAAUGACACUAGUAUUGAUCGAUAUUCGCCAUUGGAUAUGUGGCUUCGAAGUCAAGAGGUGCAAUCAACUUCGGUCGUUUCAAGCCGGAAUAAUAGCGAUAUGAUGCUGGACAAGAUCGCUGGAAGCAACAGCCAACAAGCGCCAUCUGAAACUGGCGCCCCGAAUCGCGAGGCUCCUCAACCCCCCACCAUGGUACUGCCUGAAGCUGCCGAACAAGUUGACGAUCCGCAAAGAGAUCCUCCAGGCGCAUGGCCCAGGUCUGAAGACGCCAGUGUCGGUCUCGAGCGAGCCUCGAGUAGCACACCCAGCGACGAAUCAAUAGCACUGCAACGAGCUGUUGCUGAGAUGAGUGAAGCUCUUUCCGAGGACCCACCUGUGCCCGAGGAAGCUCAACAAGAAUCGUCCUCUCGGUAUACAUCAUCUCGGUAUACCACCAGGCCCAACAGUCGGCAGCCUACGCCCAAAGAGUCCCAUCUCAAGCUGACUGAGUUACUCGGUGGACGGAAAGCUGCUUUACCAGUGGCACCACUUAACAGACUUGAGGUGCCGAGCCGUAAGAAGGAUGGCGAAAAGUCAGAAACGAGUUCGUACAAGACAGCCUCAACUGUGUUACCGUCAUCGGACUGGGCUCUGGAAGAUAUCCCUGCUUCACGACGAGCAACGGCUGGCGCGAUAUCCGUAGCUGCGUCAGAAACAGCGAGUUUCAGGCACCGAGAGGCGGAACUGAAGUCAAUCGAGCAACGAUUCGGGUCUGGGAAUAUUCGUCGAAAUAACAGCAUUCAAGCAGUUAGCAGAUUCCAGGAGGAUUUUGAUCAGCCCAGACCUUCACGCAGCUCAAGACAUUCGAUCAUGGCCAAGUUCCAUCUGACGGUACCGAAGCAAGCCAAGGUCUCAACACAACGUCCCGAGUCAAGCGACGCCAAGGGCGGGUUGCCCGAAGGUCGACUUGCUGGUGCCGAGUACACAGAGCACCCAUACGCCAGCUACUCUGAUUCCGCUGUCAACCGGCCCGCAAGCCCCUUCAUUCAAGCGAACGGAGGCAGAAGGCCGGCGAUUGUAGAAAGUGCAACAGGGGUGUGGCAGCGAGCCUUCAAGCAAGAAGCCGAUCGUCGAGAAUCCCGAUCCCAGAGUAGAGCCGGGUCACAUAAGCUAUACGCAUCACCACGAGGUCAGAAGGCUGUUGUGGCUGUGUCCAACGCAAUCCAAGAGCACGCCGCCACUGGGAACCACUUUCACAUCGUCGACCAUAAUAUCUCUGGCACUCGAAAGAGAUCUACCUCACAGCCGCAGUCCCCAGGGACUCUUCCAUUGGUGCAGACUGAUCGACACGAACCGAAUAAUGCGUCCCACGGAGUACUCAGAGAAUGGGUCAAUCAGCUGGAGGCUGGCAACCUGCAACCCCAUCCAGAAUCAGAGGUCUAUAUGCCUCAGAAUAGAUCUCUCGGACGACGGACACCGCCGAAAUCAUGGGCUAAAUGGCCAUCGCACUCACGUCACGAGAGAGCGGGCGCAGCGGGAGCCAAAGACCAUGUGGUCCCAAGAGACUUCGGGGUUCCCAGCGAGCUUUGCAGUGAUCAAGCGCUCCCGCCUUUGAAAAUGGGCAACGGAUCGUUGAAAAAGAGGAACCUGACCCCAGUGUCGCGAACACUGUCAGGCCAGUUUGGAAGGGCAGUCAAGGGAGGGUGGCAAAAGCUCAUCUCUAGCAGGGAUAAUGUGGACGACGAGCCCAAAUAUUCAUCCUCGAGAAGCAAUAGCCACAAAGAUCGAGGACAUCUAGAGUACCCCGAGCUUGAGCUACUCCCCACGCCGGCAGGCUUCAGGGAAGUCCAGGCUCUCGAACAAACAAUCGACAAGAUUAAACAUCGCUCAGUAUCUAGAACACCUAGGUUGCGCGAAUCCAGCGAUGAUAGCACCAGACCACCCUUGACCAGUCGCAUUGCGGAGGAAGUACACAAGUUUCAGCAUGUUGUGGAGAACGAGCCAUACUCUGGUAGCGAGCAGUCGAGCAAAAUGAUAUUGAGUGGGUUGCCCAUGACGCCUUCGCAGGUCCUCCCAGCUCCUCGUGCAGUUUCUGGAGCUACUGAGGAAUUUCAGACGCCCGGAUCGCACAUCUCGUACGAAGAUUGCGUACCAACCCACAUGCUCGACGAUGAUGUCGAGAAGGACUCCAUACACAGUGACGACACUACAGUAGCGACACGCACGAAGCCAAAGAUUGCGACUGGUAGACCAGAAGGGGAUCAGUUCGCUGACCAAGGCGAGGUAACCGAUAAGGAUGCGUGA